AUGACGUGGUCCUCCCAAACAGUGAUUUGGUUUUUUCGCCUUGGGGCACUUUGGACGGAUCCGGAGACGUUGUGUCGCUUAGCUGCUACGUCGCAGCAAUUUCGUGUUGCGGAUGAGGACGAGCAUUGGAGGGUGCUGGCCGGCCAUAUGGUACUUCGCCCGCUUCAAGCAGACGUUCAAGUGCAUGCCUUCGAAGUUGCUUGUGGAGCCAGCCGCAACGCCAUGAAGACCAAGGUCUUGAAGCUGUACUAUCCUGUGUUCCAGGUGAGGUGCCGAGUGCGCAGCAUUUGGAGAAACAUCGAACUCCUUUGGGGGCAGCUGCUUCCUGAAGCAUUGGAAAACUUGCUGCCAGGCGUCGGGGAGCAGGAGCUGGAAGAAGUUGAGGGACGGCUGGGUUGCCAACUUCCGGAAGAUCUCGCAGAAAGCUUCAGGAUUCACGAGGGCAUGAAAGAAUGCGGCCGAAGAAAAGGGCAGUUCCUCUUCGAAGUAGACAGGGAAGAUCCUUAUAUGUUUGCCACUUUCCAGCUUCGCCCUGCCCGACAGUUGCCGGAACUUGUCGAAGAAGAGAGGAAGAAGGCACAUGCAAAGAUUCCACCGGGCACAGACUUUGGGCGAGGAUCGCGUUCCUUCAUAGCACGCCAGAUAUCCUUGACGGCGAUUGCUUACUUGGAGCGGGAGAAACCGUUUUUUACGCCAGCAGGUCCCUGGGUGCCAUUUUUAGCCAGUGACUGUCUUUCAGAUAAGGUUGGGCGGACGCCCAACAUCCUCGUGGCCUUCCCCCACCGUGAUCGGAUGACGGUGCUGCAGGCAAUCCUCAGCCAGCUCGAGCAGUACCCAAGGCGCCCUCCUCAUCGAACUGGCAAGCGCAAUGGCGAUGAUGUAAGGCCAUUUGGUGCUGUUGCUUUUCUGAGAAUCUUCGGCUUCUGUGGUCCAACAUGGUAUGGCCACUGCAACUGUUUUGAGCAGUUCCUGAGCGAGAGCAUGGACGUAUUGCAGACGAUCCAACUUGCUUGGUCGAAACCAUGUUCAGAUUGUGACCAAGACUGGCUUGGUUGGCAUUGCUCGAAGUGCAAGAGAAUUGUGGGGGAGUCGUUUCCUGAUGCGUUGGAACGACUCCUUCCAGUCAGAGAAGGCAGCGAGGCAAGCUUUGACCGAUACUCCUGGUGGGCAGCUGCUGUGAGAUCCUAUGGCUGGGAUUGCCCCGAAUAUCUUUACAAACGUAUGCGGCAAUGGGAGGAUGUGGCCCUGCCUUGUGCAGACGAGCAAGCCCAACCGGCGGCCGCAGAUGCAAAACGAAGCGGGUUGAGCUCCCUGCCCGCUGUCCCGACAUUGGGCCCGGACAUGACUCGCUCCGAGUUUGUCGGGCGGGCGAGACAAAUCUUGGGCUUCGAAGCCGUAGGCGUUCCGAAGUCUCUUGUGGAUCUGGGCUUUUGCCACAGCUCCGCGAUUUCCAAGGUUGUCAGGACGCUCGAGGACUGCAGGGCGAAACUCAAGCAGUUCUUGUCUUCGCGACCGGUUGGUGCCGCGGGUCUGGACGAGGUGGCGUUUCUAUGUGGGUGUGCUUUUGAGGGCAUGGAUGCAGAUCUCUGUGUGGAGGCUGUGAACAGCUUCGGCCAGGCGAUUGCUCGUGCCUCGCAGGCGGCGCUCCGGUCGUCGAGCUCCGCAGGGGCAUGCGCCAUGUUCGCCUCCGUGUUGCGACACCCGGAGGCGCGCUGUAGUGCGGAGCCGCUUUUGGCCUACGUUCUACCGAUCCGCAAUUCAUUCUGCGACACGAGAUCGGCCUCCUUGGGAAGCCCUUGGCAUGUGGUCCACUCUGCACACUGUCCUGCUGCUUGUGUUGGUCAUCACUGCAGCCGACAGCGGUUCGAGCGCGGCUUGCACUCCGCCCAAGGGGUGGAAGUCGCUGCCGUAUCACACCUUGGCCGGGGGUCCUGCGUCGCACCCGCCCUUCGGCAGCGUCUUGCGAUGCAAGCGUGCUGCGAGGUCCAGAAGAACAUGACGACGCGGUCGGAGGCUCAGCAUUGUGUGUGCCUCGCAUCUUGGGCACGGGUUUGGGCACGGAGCAAUCACAGGUGCAGCAGUCGCUUCUCUCAGGCGUGCGGUCCUGGACCUGGUCGAAGAUCCGGAGGACCGCUUCGGCUUCUUAAACCGCCCGGGUGGUGGGAGGGGCGAGAUGUGAUGCCGAGGACGAAUGAAGGCGCCCUUCUCUUCUGCGCAGCUGCACGGAUCCGUCCUUGCGAAAGAGGCUGGGGCACUGGGGCACUUGCAGUUGGCGAGAUCAAACAGAGCUUGUUUCGGAGGUCACAAGUGCCGAAGCUGGAUGAAUCUGGGCAGUGCAUGUUUCUGAGUGAUCCACCGGAUCCACUUUAG